GAGAAGAGAAUGAAUGUCUUAACAGAAAGUGUGGCUCCAACAAAAAAACAUAAUGUGUUUUUGGCGUCUCCACCAAAAAAUUUAAAAACGGAAUUUGAUACUUUGUUUACGUUGGAAGCUAUCGAGUUUUUGGUAGAUCUGAUAGAAGAAUUUGAUGACCAAGUUGAUCAACUUUACUACGCAAGAUUCAUAAAAAAAUAUAAGUUGAAACGGAAUCCCAAAAUACCAGCAUUCUUAGACACUGACAUUGUAAACAGUGAUUGGAAAGUAGCUCCAGUGGGUAGGCGACUGCAAAACCGGCACUUAGACCUUGGCGAUGUCAGUCCAUCAAAUUUGGAUCAUUUCACUAAAGCACUCGGUUGCAACGUAGAGGGCAUACAAGUAGAUUUUGACGAUGGCCAUUGUCCAACAUGGAGAAAUCAAAUAUUAGGCUUCUACAACGUGUAUAAAGCGGUUCGAAAUGAACUGCCCAAUGUUCCUCCAAUUUGGAAAGCACCGAUUCUUAUGCUGCGGCCAAGAGCGUGGAACAUGCUAGAGCACAACGUUACUGUGAAUGGGAAAGAGGUCCCUGGACCUCUUUUAGAUUUUGUUUUACUCACAUUUCACAACGCGAAUAUAUUGCGAUACUGUGAAAGCGGUCCAUAUUUUUAUUUAUCAAAACUGGAGGGUGCUAGUGAAGCGAAACUCUGGAACGAUAUUUUCACAUGGACGGAGUCGAGGUUUGGCAUGCCUUGCGGCACGAUAAAAGCUUGUGUUUUGAUUGAGAAUAUUUUGAGCUCAUUUGAGAUGGAUCAGAUAUUGUUCAACUUGAAAGAUCACUCAUUGGGACUAAAUUGCGGAAUAUGGGAUUACGCAGCAUCGAUAAUAAACAAAUUUGGCAACAACAAGUCUUUCAUUCUGCCUGAUAGAAACAAAUACGUUAACAUGAAUCGUCACUUUCUCAAGUGUUACAUGGAGCUUGUGGUCAAAACUUGUCACAGACGAGGUGCACAUGCAACUGGCGGUAUGGCGGCUUUGUUAUUGCCAACAGAAGAUAAUUCGGAUGAGUUUCACAGAGUUGUGGAAACAGUAGUAAACGGAAAACUUGCAGAGAUUCAAAUGGGCGUGGAUGGCUUCAUGGUGUUUGAUGUUGGACUUGUCCCCUACAUGAACAAUCUAUGGAAAAAAUACGGAGGGCCAAGUUAUAAUCAGAUAAAAUAUCCUGGUACACCAAAUGACGUUUCGGAAGCUGACUUGCUCAAACUGCCAACUGGAGGCGUAACAAUUGACGGAUUAAAGCAUAACAUAUCUGUAACCAUUUUAUUCAUCUUCUAUUGGUUGCAAGGUGUGGGCCAUUUUGCAUAUAAAGGCGCUGUGGAAGACUCCGCGACAGCAGAGAUUUCAAGAUCGCAGAUUUGGCAGUGGAUAAGACACGGGGCGAAGUUUGAGGACGGAAACGGAGAUUUACUAACGCGGGGAUUAGUAGACAGUUAUGCCUGUAAAAUCAUUGACCAUUUAUUAGAAGAGUAUUGCUCUACUUUCCAGGACAAAAUCAAUUUACAUACAGCUCGCGAUUUGUUUACGGAAAUUGUCAACCACAGAGAGUUUCCUGAUUUUAUUACAACCUACUUGAAUGAUGCACAUGUAUUUCGUAGACUACAUCAUUCUAGUUUGUAAUUUUAAACUAUGUAUAUAUUUU